CUCUUUCUCUCCUUUUCUCUCUGAUUUUCUCGGGAAAAUUUUUCUUUCCUUCUUUCUAAAAAUUAAAUUCGUUUUAGUUUCCAUCUCUAACAUCAAACCUUACCACACAAUGCUACUACUCCCACUACUACUACUACAAUCAUCUCUUUCCAAAUCUAGGGUUUAGCUAAAAAAAACCAAAUCGAUUUUCAAAUCAUGCACGGCCUUAGCCGUCUAGGUAACGGCGUCAGCAACAACAACAACAACGGACGAAUCAUCAAUCUCUCUUCACCAUCACCACCAUCGUCGCCACGGAUUCGUCAUAGUAGAGUGAAAACUCUAGUUUACAAGCAAGGAUUAGGAGAGAAGCUUGUGUUUUCGCUAUUCUCUCUAGUGUUUAGGAGGAAAGGUGUGUUGUUGUUAGCGCCUCUGCUUUAUAUAGCUGGGAUGUUGCUAUUUAUGGGGUCUUUUGGGUUUACUGUGCUCGAUCUAGGUCAUGGUGUUGAGAUUGUUUAUAGACGUGGUGGUGGUGGUGGUGGUGGUGGUGGUGCUCCUGGUUCUGUGUAUAGGAGUCCUAAGGUUUUUAAACGGCUUUGGAAUGUUAUGGAGAGUGAUGUUAAUGGAAGUAGUCAUAAUGCGUUGAUGGCAGCUUGGAAGCCGAGAGUUAAGAGUUUAUGGAAGCCGUGUAUUAGCACUAAUGUUUCUGCUGCUGGAUCAGAUUCUAAUGGUUACUUUAUAAUUGAAGCUAAUGGUGGAUUGAAUCAACAACGCUUGUCAAUAUGUGAUGCAGUUGCUGUGGCUGGAUUGCUUAAUGCGACCCUUGUCAUACCGAUUUUUCACUUAAAUAGUGUUUGGCGUGAUUCCAGCAAAUUUGGUGAUAUAUUUGAUGAAGACUUCUUCAUAUAUGCUCUAAGUAAGAAUGUGAAAGUUGUGAAAGAGCUGCCUAAAGAAGUACUUGAGCGGUAUAACUACAAUAUAAGCAGCAUUGUUAAUUUGAGAUUAAAAGCUUGGUCAAGUCCAGCAUACUAUCUUCAGAAGGUGCUACCACAACUUUUGCGUUUAGGGGCUGUCCGUGUUGCACCAUUCUCCAAUAGGUUAGCUCAUGCAGUUCCUGCAAACAUUCAGGGGCUCAGAUGCUUAGCAAAUUUUGAAGCAUUGAGAUUUGCAGAGCCCAUUCGGCUGCUUGCGGAGAAAAUGGUCGAUAGGAUGGUUACAAAGAGUGUUCAGAGCGGAGGAAAAUAUGUUUCUGUUCAUCUCCGUUUUGAAAUGGACAUGGUAGCCUUCUCGUGUUGCGAAUAUGACUUUGGGGAAGCAGAGAAGCUAGAAAUGGACUUGGCCCGGGAAAGAGGGUGGAAAGGAAAGUUUAGGAGGAGAGGCAGAGUAAUAAGGCCUGGUGCAAACCGCAUAGAUGGAAAAUGCCCUUUAACCCCACUAGAGGUCGGAAUGAUGCUUAGGGGCAUGGGUUUUAACAAUAACACCUUGGUUUAUGUUGCUGCGGGAAACAUUUACAAAGCUGACAAAUAUAUGGCUCCUCUUAGGCAGAUGUUUCCUCUUCUCCAAACCAAAGAUACCCUUGCCACUACAGAAGAGCUAGCUCCAUUCAAGGGACACUCAUCAAGAUUAGCUGCACUUGACUACACAGUAUGCCUCCACAGUGAAGUGUUUGUAUCCACACAAGGUGGAAACUUCCCUCAUUUCUUGAUAGGUCAUCGUCGUUACCUUUACAAAGGCCACGCCGAGACAAUCAAACCUGAUAAGCGGAAACUAGUCCAGCUCUUAGAUAAACCGAGCAUCAGAUGGGACUACUUCAAGAAACAAAUGCAAGAUAUGCUUAGACACAAUGACGCGAAAGGUAUCGAACUAAGGAAACCUGCUGCAUCACUCUACACGUUUCCGAUGCCUGAUUGCAUGUGUAAAGAACCUGAUCCUGAACCUGAAACUGAAACCGAUCCAGCUUAAACUGGAUUCUUGCUGUUCAACAUCGGCAAUGCAAAGUUGUUUUUGACUCCAACCAACCAUACAUGUAACUUAUUAUAUAAAUGUUGUAUCAUGGUUCUUGUAUCCCUACCAAUUUCGGGGAAUCUAAGAUAUGAAUUUUUGUGUGUACAUAACAUUCUUUCAACGUUAGUUACCAUUUCUCUCUUCCUUGUUCUUUUAAUAUGGACAUUUUGAUCAUCUAUGUAAUGGGACUUGUGGACUUUCAUUU